AACCCUUCGGCGAGCAGACCCUACCAACCUCCGCCAGGCGAGAGCGGGUCCGCCCCAAUCCCAGGGUGCAUCGCGUCCAGCCCCCUCCCCUCUCCGCGUCCCGCCUCCCCGCAGCCCGGGCCCCCUCCCCGCAGGGUUCGGGAGGCGGGGACGCGGCGUCGGCGGCGUCGGCGGCUUCUCCAGUCGCGUCUUUCGCCCUCACUGGGGAAAGCGGCGGUGGCGGCACCUUCGGAGGCUGAGCAGCUGAGCCGCGAGCCCGCCAGUGGGAGGUCGGACAGACUGACUGCAGAGCCGACAGACGGACGGACAGCGGGGCAGCCAGAGGGCUCGAGUCGCCUCGAGUUCCGCCAUGAGCUGGGGCACGGAGCUUUGGGAUCAGUUCGACAGCUUAGACAAGCAUACACAAUGGGGAAUUGACUUCUUGGAAAGAUACGCCAAAUUUGUUAAAGAGAGGAUAGAAAUUGAACAGAACUAUGCAAAACAAUUGAGAAAUCUGGUUAAGAAGUACUGUCCCAAACGUUCCACCAAAGAUGAAGAGCCAAGGUUUACUUCGUGUAUAGCCUUUUUUAACAUCCUUAACGAGUUAAAUGACUAUGCAGGACAGCGAGAAGUAGUAGCAGAAGAAAUGGCGCACAGAGUUUAUGGUGAAUUAAUGAGAUAUGCUCAUGAUCUGAAAACUGAAAGAAAAAUGCAUCUUCAAGAGGGACGAAAAGCCCAGCAAUACCUUGACAUGUGCUGGAAACAGAUGGAUAAUAGUAAAAAGAAAUUUGAAAGAGAAUGUAGAGAGGCAGAGAAGGCACAACAGAGUUAUGAAAGAUUGGAUAAUGAUACUAAUGCAACCAAGGCAGAUGUUGAAAAGGCUAAACAGCAGUUGAAUCUACGUACACAUAUGGCUGACGAAAAUAAGAAUGAAUAUGCCGCACAAUUACAAAACUUCAAUGGAGAACAGCACAAACAUUUCUACGUAGUGAUUCCUCAGAUUUACAAGCAACUACAAGAAAUGGAUGAACGAAGGACUAUUAAACUCAGUGAGUGUUACAGAGGAUUUGCAGACUCAGAACGCAAAGUUAUUCCCAUCAUUUCAAAGUGUUUGGAAGGAAUGAUUCUUGCAGCAAAAUCAGUUGACGAAAGAAGAGACUCUCAGAUGGUAGUAGACUCCUUUAAGUCCGGAUUUGAACCUCCAGGAGACUUUCCAUUUGAAGAUUACAGUCAGCAUAUUUAUAGAACCAUUUCUGAUGGGACUAUCAGUGCAUCCAAACAGGAAAGUGGGAAGGUGGAUGCCAAAACCACAGUAGGAAAGGCCAAGGGCAAGUUGUGGCUCUUUGGAAAGAAGCCAAAGGGCCCAGCACUAGAAGAUUUCAGUCAUCUGCCACCAGAACAGAGACGUAAAAAACUACAGCAGCGCAUCGAUGAACUUAACAGAGAACUACAAAAAGAAUCAGACCAAAAAGAAGCACUCAACAAAAUGAAAGAUGUAUAUGAGAAAAAUCCACAAAUGGGGGACCCAGGGAGUUUGCAGCCUAAAUUAGCAGAGACCAUGAAUAACAUUGACCGCCUGCGAAUGGAAAUCCACAAGAAUGAGGCUUGGCUGUCUGAAGUUGAAGGCAAAACAGGUGGAAGAGGAGACAGAAGACAUAGCAGUGACAUAAAUCACCUUGUAACACAGGGACGAGAAAGCCCUGAGGGAAGCUAUACUGAUGAUGCAAACCAAGAAGUCCGUGGGCCACCCCAACAGCAUGGUCACCACAGUGAGUUUGAUGAUGAGUUUGAAGAUGACGAUCCCUUGCCUGCUAUUGGACACUGCAAAGCUAUCUACCCUUUCGAUGGACAUAAUGAAGGUACUCUGGCAAUGAAAGAAGGUGAAGUUCUAUACAUUAUUGAGGAGGACAAGGGUGAUGGAUGGACAAGAGCUCGGAGACAGAAUGGUGAAGAAGGCUACGUUCCCACAUCAUACAUAGAUGUAACUCUAGAGAAAAACAGUAAAGGUUCCUGAAGAGGGUUUCUGAGGAAAUGGGCAAGAUGUUGAAGGAGGUUACAUGCAGCUGCUUUUGGGGGGAGGGUAUUAGAGUUGUCAGGCUCAGAGAGAGUGAGAGAAGCAAGUUGCAUGAGUGCAUGCAGACAUGAUUAUUUUUUUACUAACUUCAUUAGCAUUUCCGUACAUUGUUUUAAAAAAUCAUUGUAAUACCAACCCUUAAACUUGUCAAUUACAGUUAUUCACAUAAAGGAAAAAAGCCAACAAUGGCUAACCUUUUUUUUUUCCAUUUAUUUUACUGAUAUCCAAAUCAGAAAGAAUGCAGAGCUGUCCUUAAGUUUGUCAUAUCUGACUGUCCCAACAGGACUGUCCAUUGCAGCUCUUUUAAUUGGCUUUUAGACCCAUUGUCUGUUAGAAUCCUUGCCAUUUUUGACUGUUCCAACAGGACUGUCCAUCGCAGCUCUGUUUAAUUGGCUUUUAGACCCAUUGUCUGUUAGAAUCCUUGCCAUUUGUCAGUGUCUGCCUGCGUCACCUCUGUGCUUGCUUAACAUCCUGUUGCAUGUCUAGAGUGAUCGGGUUUAGAUUUUUCAGGCAUGUCUUUAUAAUCCCUUGUUCUUGUCAAAGCCUUUGUUUUGUUUUACAUUUGUAGUGCAAAUCACUUUGUCAAACAUCUCCAGCACUAAUGUUUCCAUCCUAGUAUUUGUGUACGCUGCUAUAACUUCCCCACUGCAAAACAUUCCAGUUUUGGCAUUAUGAAGAAGCAGUUUGUGAACCUGAAGUAUUUAUGAUCAGAAGAAAAAACAUCUCUGCUCUAGCCUACAGCCCAGUUGAAAGAACUCUUUGAAACAUGAUACAUCUUCAGCACCUCAGUCUGGGAAGAAUCUAUAGUCAGCACUGAAAUCCUGGCAUAAUAAACACAGAAGAUACUCACCACCUCAAGACAAAGGACUGUUGUCAGAAGUCAGCUGCUUCCAUUCAAACGCUGCCUUAAACUAGAGUGCCUAAAUCUGCUGAUUGCCAACACUACCACUACAGUAUCCCACAAAGGGCUUUAUGUGUCAGCUCAGUGCGACCUCCAUUAACUCGGCAGUGCUGCUAUAGCUGCCGAUACAACCUCGGUAGGUGGCUUUUAGAGCUCUACCAUGUUUGUUGGUGCAUCUUCAAAUUUACGCAUCAAACUAAAGACAUGUCUGAGUCCAUUUUACUUAGUGUUUUUAUGAGAAGUUUUAUGGACCUCCCUCCCAUUGUCUUCUAAUUUGGGGUUACUGUUUUCUCACUUAAUUAUUACAAUGAUAGUCUGUUUCCAAGUGAUGAUUUUAUUUGAACCACAUACAAUUUAGUGAAACUUUGUAAUGAUCUAUGUGCACUUUUCCUUGUAAAAUGGAAGUUUCUGUAUGUUUAUACUUGUAAAUAUAAUUGUCAUCAGUGCCCCUACGCUCAUGUUGCUCAUGUUGUCCUCCCUCGCAUUUGUGAUUCUGUUAAUGACUUGUAUCUUAACUAAUUUCUUAGUGACAUUUAAUGGGGAGGUGGGUGGGGGUGGGGGGAUAUUUGUAACAUGGAAGCUUCAUUAAUUUGAUUCUUUACUGUUUUGAAGGAAGAAAGAACGUGAAAUGGUCUGUGUAUUGUUGGAUUUCAAGCGAUAUUUUAGAAACUGUGUGACUGCUUUAAUAAUUUUUCCCAGUGUUAUUUGAAUCGUACUACCAGUUAUACUAAAGCUGAAUGACAAUUGUGUGAAAGUCGAUGCCUUCGUAAGAUCAAGUACUCCCAUUACACAGCUGACAUGAUAGUGUAUUACCUUUAAGGCUAGUAAACUAUGAAGUUUUAGAUUUUAAAUCUCGUUACAGGGUUAUUUAUAUAAAGUGACAUUAUUCAGUACUGACAGACUACAUAAAGUAGUUUUCAGAUCCAGUGCUAUUUUUAUUUUAAAGGUUAGCAAUGAAGAGGAAACCUGAGCUGGCUGUGUUUGUCUUCUGUACAAAGCCUGAGGUGCUUGUGCUUUUUGGCAACAGCCACAGAGGGCAAAGUUUAAGGCUUUCUUGUGAGGACUAACUGUUCUUUUCAAGCUACUGUUUGUUUUUCUUAAAGCAGGAUUUGCUUCCGUAGGAGGCAAGUUCCCUCACGUGGAAUAGUGCAACCUGUGUAUGGGUUAUUACAAUAGGAAAGACAUUUGUACUUGCACAGUUUAAAUCAUUCUUAAAUUUGACUAUGUGAAUUGUCCAAAAGAAGUCUUUAAUUUUUUCAGUAAUUUUUACUCUUUUUGUGCACAUGUUGAUUUCUUAAUGUAAAUGCUUUGUUUAAGAUAGUGUUCUCUGUUGAGAAUAUUUUCAUGGAAUAAAAUAAUCUUUUCAUGGUCA